UAAUGAUUGUUUUUGAAAUCACAGAUGAAACCUCAUGCAGAGGAAAAAGCUGGAAAAACAUUUGACAUCUUCACUGCUAAAUCCUACAAGUCACAGGUGGUAGCUGGGACAAAUUUUUUCAUCAAGGUCCAUGUAGGUGGUGAGGAAUUUGUUCACCUGCGUGUCUAUAAAAUGCUGCCACAUGCUGGCGGCAGCCUGCAACUUCAUGGAAUACAGACAGCCAAAACCCAUCAGGACGCCAUCGAAUACUUCUGAACAUGUAUUAAGUCCUGAACUGUCAAGCAAUGAGCUUCUUCAAUGAAUAAAAUGGCAGUGAUAAAUAUCA